AUGGCGGACCCUCUUCGCAAAGUCAGGAAGAGACAGAGCGCCCCAAAAGGCCGGGGCGGCUGCUUGUGCUGCAAGCUAUCUCAUGUUCGGUGUUUCGAGGAAAAGCCGCAAUGCCGCCGCUGUCAGCGAUUGGAGCUUGACUGCACUUACGCGCAAACUCUAUCCGAGCCUCAGAGACGACGUAUGAAAGUCCCUGCGACGCCGAUGAGCAGCAAGCCUAAUCUGUCGAGCUAUCGCCCAAGUCUGAGCAGCUCAGAUAGUCCUGAAGUGAACUAUUAUGCUUACCACUUUAGGGUCAGCGUAGCUCCCACCAUGAAUAUUGGGAGCUUGCACAGCUGCUCUAAUUUCUGGCUGAGAACCGUCCCUAGAGAGACGGCAACCAACGAGGGUGUGCGAUACUUCGUUGUCGCUAUUGGUGCGCUUGACCGUGCCAUGAGUCAGGUGGAAACGCGCAAGCGGCUGCAUAUGUCCACGGGACCACCCAUAUCAGCUUGGAACAACGACUAUAGAACUGCGCUACGAUUUUACGGGAGGGCCAUCCAGAUAUUUCGCACCGAGAUAGCGGAUCAAGAGCGCGUCAUCCAGCCAAGGACUUUUCUGGUCUACUGUAUGCUGCAAUCACUCUUUGAGAGUUUGCAAGGCAAUAUGGUUGGCUUUCGAAUAGCAACACGUACGGGGUUUGAGGUAUUGAAGCACCGUGUUAUGCAGGACCAGAUCCUGAUUGCAGCCCCUCUCGACGAUGAGGGCAUAGAAGAAGCAGAAGUGUUCCUCUGCCGGAUGGUCGCUGUGAGUUAUCUCAUGGGACCUGCAGAUGAAGAUGCACAAAGAGCAAGUAUCACGAUAUCCGUUCCAAUUCAUGCCCCGAUGCCAGAUAACAACGCGGACGCGUUGAAAGUCUGUAGAAUGUUCAGCGCAUUCUACUCUCGAGCAGUCACCUGGACCAUGGAGUAUACCAAGGUGAUUACUGCGGGAGACAGUGGUUCUAUGCGCAUGACCGGCGAAAUUUGCAUCAUCAUAGCCCAGCUACGGGAGUGGCUGACUUGCCUGCGGCGCAGGAUUCUGAUUGCCUCCAGCCCGGUGGAUGUUACCCGACUGCAGGUGCAUCAGCUUGAUGCAAUGUUUGGAAUUGCUAUUCAGAAAUGUCUCCUCUAUCGCUGCAGCUUGGAGGCUUAUACGAGCGACUGUCUCGACAUACUCCGCCUUGCGAGGCAAACGGUAGAGAGAGCCACUGGAGGCGACCCAAGAUACAGUCGUCUUCAACAAGGCCUACUCUCCGAAAAGCUCUUGCCGCUUGUAAGCCGAGCCGUCGAGAAGUGCCCAAACCAAGAGUAUUCUUCCUUGACGAUUGCUCAUCUGACUCCGGGAGGUAUUGAUGGCAAGGCUACACAAGAAGGCGAGUUCGAGCCUAAUUUGAAUCACACAGUGGUGGGAUACAGCUGGGAUGCACAACGUAACCUAUUCAAGGUCAAACUGGAUACUUGCAGUGCCUGUCGGGCCCAGUGGCAAUAUGAGAGAUUCUCGGCCAUCGAAAUGACAGACCACCAGGCGACGUACAGUACUCUUGAAGUCGCUAGUCCUCCUAGGUAUCUGGACAGUUCAGCCCCAGAGCGCACCUAUUAUUCACCGGAAUAUUCAGAUAACAAGAUCGCUGUGGAUGCUACUACGGACAAGUACUUUGUCCCUCAAGAUGUUGGUCUGGAAUACGUUCCUCCGACGGUAGAAUCGAAGUCACGAUCAUGCUUUGGGUUGACGCGUAGGAAGGCGUGGAUUGUGCUAAUAGCUGCGGUUGUCGUUAUCGGCGCCUUGGCCGGGGGUAUAGCUGGCGGCCUUGUCAAUCGAAACCGUGCUGCUGCUCCCGACUCCGCUCCUGUUAACACGAGCCCAAGUGCCUCACCGACACCUUCAUCGCCAGAUGCCACAUCGACGGGGCCUGAGUCCGGACCGCUAGCCGACUCUCAACUCUCUAGUCUCAAUUGGACUGAUAGUUCUGGUACACAGCGCAGGGCAGUCUUCUACCAGCUUGAUGGCGCGUUGUUCUACAGUCAAAAGCAGGGAGCGGACGGAUCGUGGUCCGCGUUCAACAUUAGUGGAGAAUUCCAGCGUCAGAAGAUAGACUUGAGCCCGCGGCCAGGCACUGCUCUUGCCGCAGCUGCUGUAUCAAGAGAGGACAUCGACUUCGGGCUCUCACCAUUUGUUGCAACAUUAUAUUACGUUAGCAACGAUAACUACCUUCAAGAAAUCACCUGCCGCGAUGAGAACUUGGAAUCCUCUUGGAGUCGCGGAGAUCUGGGCAAAGCAGAGCUUGAAGCUGCAACGAACUCGAGAAUCGCAGCAAUGGGAUAUUUCUGUCCAAACGACAACGUUGCCUAUCUGUGUAAUAACAAUUUCGCCAUUCUCUAUCAGGCCUCUAAUCAGAGCAUCAUAACAACCUGGGGGCCUUCCUGGACGACAACUGCGCAAAUCGAUUCAGGCUGGGCAGGGGCCGGUCUCGCCAUGUACCCCUUUGUUUCGAGUGCUGGGACGAACAUCUCUGAUGUGAGCGAGAUUCGUUUCUAUUACUAUUCGAAUCCGUUCAUCAAGAUGGUCUACCAGAAUUAUCAGGGACGCACUCAAUCUACGACCCCCACGAUAUCAUCGCAAGAAGUGAUAGACGGCAUUGUACCGCAGGUCGUUGCAUCACCUAGGAAUUUCCACUCGGAGGCCAUAGUAAUGAGUAUGGACGGUAGUGGUAAGUUUGCGGCCAGCUUUUAUCAGCCCGACACGUGGACACGCAACAGUCCAGUCCACUUCGAAAACGAAGGAGAUAUAUCUACUGAAGAUCAUCCUGCGGUGAAUUUGACCUCAAUCGCCAUGGAUCAUGAUGGAAUGUUGUACGGAAUCGCUUCAGAUGGGAAGACCGUGGUGGGGUAUACUUGGAGUUCCGGUACGGGGAACAACUUUGUUUGGAAGGAGAAUAUUACAGUGAUAUGA